AUGCUCUGCUCUUGUCGCCUGAGCCCCCUGCGGCUCUUCGUCCAAGGCAUGUCGCAAUUGCACAUCUCUGAACCCGUCGCCGCAACGAGACUCCCGCAACACCUCAAGAACACCCAUACCCUACAGAUCAGUCAAACCUCGACGUUCGCAACUUCGGCCGUCCACAACAAAAAGCAUGACUUUGUGCCAUUCCAAAAAGGAGGGAAACAGGCCACAUCAAAACGACUACUGGAAGAACAAGACCCAGACGCAGAGGAGGCGAAACCGAAGCGAGAAAACUGGCAGCUCCAAAAAGAGGCCCUCAAAAAGAAGUUCCCCGACGGCUGGAACCCGCGCAAGCGCUUGUCUCCGGACGCCAUCGCCGGCAUCAAGGCGCUGCACGCCCAAUUCCCCGAGGAGUACGACCUUAAGACGCUCGCCGACAAGUUUCAAAUGUCGCCCGAGGCGAUCCGCCGCAUCCUGAGGAGCAAGUGGCAGGCGACGCCCGAGGAGGAGGAGGACAGGCAGGAGAGAUGGUUUCGGCGCGGCGUCAACGUGUGGUCGCGGUACGCGGAGCUGGGCCUGAAACCGCCUAGCAAAUGGCGCCGUGAGGGCGUCACGCGAGACCCGUCGUACCAUCACAACCGCAAGGAGGCGAUACAGAGGAGGAAAGAGGAGGAGGCCAAGGAAAACGUCGGGGAAAGGCUGCAGCGGAAGCUGUCUGAUACCAUUAUGUGA